CAGGCUAACCUCCGUCUGCUGCUGUAACGACCCGGUCCGGACCCGGUUCAGGCCCGGUUCAGGCCGUCCGAACGGUACCGGCUCUGACCCGAACCCCGCGCUGACAGCAGUGGCUACAGUUAGCGCUGUUAGCAUCAGCAGCAGACUAACAGAGCUAACAGAAGCUAACAGAAGCUAACAGCUGAGAGCUGGACAACAUGGCGACAGAGGAGAAGAAACCAGAGACAGAAAACACCAAACCGCCUUCAUCCUCCUCGGGAUCCGGCAGCAAGUCUAAUCCAGCUAAACCUAACUACACAGUGAAGUUCACGUUGGCCGGACACACGAAGGCUGUUUCUUCUGUGAAGUUCAGCCCCAACGGAGAGUGGCUCGCUAGCUCCUCUGCAGAUAAGCUGAUAAAGAUCUGGGGAGCGUUCGAUGGCAAGUUUGAGAAAUCCAUCGUUGGACACAAACUGGGGAUCUCUGAUGUCUCCUGGUCUUCAGACUCCAACCUGCUGGUUUCUGCCUCUGACGAUAAAACACUGAAGAUCUGGGACAACAGUUCUGGGAAGUGUCUGAAGACUCUGAAGGGACACAGUAACUACGUCUUCUGCUGUAACUUCAACCCUCAGUCCAACCUGGUGGUGUCUGGAUCGUUUGAUGAGAGUGUUCGUAUCUGGGACGUUAAAACAGGAAAGUGUCUGAAGACUCUUCCGGCUCACUCUGACCCCGUCUCUGCUGUUCACUUCAACAGAGAUGGUUCGCUCAUCGUCUCCAGCAGCUACGACGGCCUCUGUCGUAUCUGGGACACAGCAUCAGGACAAUGUCUGAAGACUCUGAUUGGUGAGUUGGUGAACACAACUUUAUUAACACUGUACAAACACAACUUUAUUAACACUGUACAAACACACAACUUUAUUAACACUGUACAAACACACAACUUUAUUAACACUGUACAAACACAACUUUAUUAA